AAAUCGCCUCUGAUCAUUGCUGAGAUGUUUCUACACCUUGACUGGAGUCCCCUGUGGAAAAGGUUAUUGAUUGGACAUGGUUAAAGACACACAGUUCUCUACAGAAGGUCUCACAGCUGACAAUGCAGAUCAGAGCAAACCACAAGCCAUGACGUCAGAGGAACUGCUGCAGAACUCAGGAUUGGUGUAGAGAUCUGGAGAAGGUCACACACACACACACAUUACAGCUGCACGUGGAAUGCUUGGGGGCACGCGCGGCUUUCUGUCCUCGUUGGCGUCCCGUAGCCCGCUGUGACGUCAGAAGCAUCAUGGCGGCGAAAGCGGGGAAGCAGCAGAACCGUGUGGGGAGGAAGAGCGGCUCCGGGGAGCAAGAUGAGGAGGAACAGCCGCUUCAGGCCGUGCUGGUGGCCGACAGCUUCAACCGAAGAUUCUUCCCCAUCACUAAAGACCAGCCCCGGGCUCUCCUCCCCCUGGCCAAUGUCUCCAUGAUCGACUACACUCUGGAGUUCCUGACGUCUACAGGUGUACAGGAGACCUUCAUCUUCUGCUGCUGGAUGUCCAACAAGAUAAAAGCUCAUCUGCUGAAGUCGAAGUGGUGUCGUCCCAGCUCCCCGAACACGGUCCACAUCAUCACGUCGGAGCUGUACCGCUCUCUGGGAGACGUGCUGAGGGACGUGGACACCAAAACCCUCGUCCGCUCAGACUUCAUCCUGGUGUACGGAGACGUGGUGUCCAACAUCGACCUGUCCCCCGCCCUGCAGCAGCACAAACUGAGGCGUAAUCAGGAGAAGAACAUCUCAGUGAUGACAAUGAUUUUUCGAGAGUCGUCUCCUGGAAACCGAACUCGCUGUGAUGAGGAUGAUGUCAUCGUUGCUGUAGAUACCAAGAGUAAUCGAGUUCUUCACUAUCAGAAAACACAGGGGCUCAACAAGAUCCACUUCCCCAUGAAUAUUUUCCACAGUGGCAGUGAGGAGUUUGAUAUCCGUCAUGAUCUGCUGGACUGUCACAUCAGCAUCUGUUCCCCACAGGUGGCUGAACUCUUCACUGAUAACUUUGACUAUCAGACCAGGAACGACUUUGUACGGGGCAUUUUGGUCAACGAGGAGAUUUUGGGGAAUCAGAUCCACAUGUACGUGAGUAAAGACAGCUACGGCGCUCGCGUGUCCAACCUGCACAUGUACGAUUCAGUGUCCUGCGAUCUGAUUGGCCGCUGGGCGUAUCCCAUCACCCCCGAGGCGAACUUCUCAGACGAGGAGGGGCGGAGCUGCACGCACUCACGCCACAACGUUUACAGGGAAGUGGGCGUUGGCCUGGGACACGGCAGCCUGAUGGAGGAGAACGUUCUGAUUGGACGAAACACUGUGAUCGGCGCUAACUGCAGCCUAUCAAACACUGUGAUCGGGGCCAACUGUCUCAUCGGAGACGGUGUGGUGUUGGACAGAGCGUUUAUCUGGAACAGUGUUCGUAUCGGUGACGGUGUGACGGUGCGUCAGUCUGUGAUCUGUGACGGUGUGGAGGUGAAGCAUGGAGUCUCACUCAAACCGCAGUGUGUCCUUGCCUACAACGUGGUGGUGGGGCCAGACGUGUCUCUCCCUGAGGGGACGGUUGUGUCUCUUCAUUACCCAGACGAGGAGGAGGAGGAAGAUGAUGAGGACGAGUUCCUGAGUGAUGAUAAUGACGUCAGUGUCCAUAAAGACAAGACCAAACACAAAGCGUAUAACCCUGCUGAGGUGGGUGCUGAGGGGCAGGGCUACCUGUGGAAGAACAGCAGCCUUGAUGAUGCAGAGGAGGAGGAGCUAACACAGUGCAUCUGGGGGCUGGUUCUGAAGUCCAAUCCUGACACUGAGACGGAGAGUGAGGCCAGUGAGGGGUCACAUGACCCCGGGAGUCGCUCGGAGUCACCUGAGCUCGACGAUGUUAAAGUGUUUCAGAACGAGGUUCUCGGAACUCUGCAGCGAGGUCUGGAGGAGAACAUCAGCUGUGACAAUCUGGUUCUGGAGAUAAACUCUGUGAAGUAUGCGUAUAAUAUCUCCCUGAAGGAGGUGCUGCAGAUUCUCACUAAAGUGGUUCUGGAGUUUCCUUUCCAACAGCAUGGAGCUCAGAUCAGUGCAGCCCAGUACUCCUCCAUCCUGCUGCCGCUGUUAAAGAAGUGGGCUUCAGUGUUUAAAAACUACGUGAAGCGAGCUCAGGAUCAAACACACUGUAUCUCCACUCUGGAGGAGGUGUUCAUAGAGCAUGACGCAUACUGGCCCGCCCUUGCCAAGGUGCUGAUGAGUGUUUAUCAGUUGGAGAUUCUGGAUGAAGACUCCAUCAUGCGCUGGUUCUCUCAGGGACCUCAGACAGAGCGGAGCAGAACCCUGCGCAAGAACCCUGGGCUGCUGAAGUUUAUCCAGUGGUUAGAGGAGGCUGAGGAGUCUUCAGAGGGAGACUAAACACCAUGUCACUCUGUGUGUGUGUGUGUGUGUGUGUGUGUGUGUGUGUGUGUGUGUGAGAGAGCAUCAGAACUGACUAACUCAGUAAUUGUGAAUGCUAAUAGGGACCCAGUGUGUUUAUUAGCACUUACUACUGCUUGUGUAAAACUGCUUUAGCUGCGUGAGUAGUUACCUUGGACACGACCUUUUGACCUUGCUGAUCUGGGAGGUAGCUAUAACAUGAUGAUGUAAUAUUCCAACAUUGUUUGUUUGGCAGAUGUGAGAUGUAUGUAAAGACUGGAAUGAAA